AUGUUUGUGAAGUCCACAGGAAAGGUGCGCGACUACCUGUGUGGAGAAGGUGCACCCCCGUGCGACGUGGUGCUCAAGGUCGUUUUCGACACGAACGAGAAAAACUACGAGGACGACUGGGAAGCCAUCAAGUUCCUGGGCAACACGCUUCUUUGGACGAUCCAUAAGAUCGUAGCCAACAGCGGUGCUCUGCUGCGCGUGUCGAUGUCGGCGGAUCAGGUGGAGAUGAUCCAGCACGGCGUCAGCGCCGGCUUAGACACCUGGCAGGCGGUCAAGCAAGGGCUUGGUGCCGUCAUGGAUGAGUUCGAUCUUCGAAUCGAAGACCUCAAUGCCAAGAAAGGCCUGGAAGUCAUCAAGGGCUUCGACGCAGACCAGGAGCUGAAGAGGAAGCUUGGAAUUGAUGCAGUGACCUUCGACGUCCCCAAGGUCCUGAUGACAACGUCCCGCUACGUGAUGGUCCAAAGCUUUGCGAAAGGUGACACGCUGACGGCCUACCACGCCUCCAUCACCGGUCAGGUCGACAAGCUGAAGCAGUGGCGCAGACUCAUCUAUCCCUCCAUCAUGGGCCUCUACGGCUACCUUAUGGUGGAGAAGGGCUUCUUCCAGGGCGACCCCCACCCCGGCAACUGGUACUGGGAGGAGAGCUCCAAGACCCUGACCCUUAUCGACUGGGGGCUCGCCGACGACCUGAGCGGCGGCCUCGCCCGUGCCGGCCGCCUGUACAUCAACGAGAAAGGUGAGAAGCCGAAAGUGAAGGGCGAGGAAGUGAACCAGUCGAUGGUGGACGGCUUGAUCAAAGAGCGUCAGUGUGGCCUGGCGAAGUUCUACGAUCAGAUGGGUGACUAUCGUCGAAAGGAGCUGCUUUGCAAUGGCGUCUUGGCCACGGACACCCAGGGCAAGGAGACCAUCCUGGUUCCUGCCAAUGGCCCCACGAUGCUGCUGGAGGGAACUGAAGUUCGGUUCCACACGAAGUACUUCGGCCGCAACCUCACGGUCAACGAGGCCCUCACCGACAAGUUCUUCGGGACACCGCUGUUCGGCAACCUUGCCAGCAUUCUUAUGCUUCGAGGCGCCGCUCCACGACCUGCCUGGCGGAUGACGUUUGCGGCCACGGCUGGGAGCUGGUGCCUCGAGAAGUCAAGCUGA